UGUUGCCCAGCACGAUUUUUUUAUUUGGAAUGGAAUGGAUCUUUUUGUCAUCGAAAUGUCAUUCAAUACAACGUUGAUUUUUUCCUCCCACCUCACCAGUUUCCCCUCAAUCUGACCGAAUUGUCCUGUCAUACCAUUUCAAAGUUAAUGUAAUUUUACAACAUUAAAUUAUUUUAGUUAGUUUUUCGUUACUUUUUAAUGUUUAUAAUCGAAACAAAGAAAAAAUACCAUAAAAAGAAGAUUUCUUAGAAAAGCCAAGUUUAGGGCCUUUGGCCCCAGCCCCGGGCUGUAGAAACGUGGUAACAUCUAAAAAGAAUCUAUUAAAAGUCUACGCCAAAUUCCAUCCACACAAGUAUUUCAUAAGUGUUCGUAACCAUGUCUCAGUGGAAUAAUUCAUACGCUUAUAACAACCAAUAUCAAGGUGCUAACAAUUGGGAAGGUGAUAUGAAUGGUCAGUACGCAAAUCAAGUCUAUUAUCCCAACAGGCAGUACGACUCCGGCAAUCAGUAUGUGAGCUUCAAUGAGUUUCUGUCUCAGAUGCAAUCUAACGAUGCCACGCCAUCAAACGCGUCCAACUACAAUAACGCACAGUAUCAAAAUCUUGAGUUCAAUUAUCAGAACAUGCCAUCCUCAUCACAAAAUACACAGGGGGACUCAUAUUAUGGAACUAACUCUUCCAAUGGAGCGGAAUAUAAUCAAAACCAAUACAGCGCUGUUCCAACUGCAGAGCCUACUUCAACUAAUUAUUCUAACGGUGAAGUAUUAUUGAAAUCGAACCUGACAGCGACUGCUACAGAGUUUGUGCCAAAAAAAUUGAAUGUGAAGUCAUCAGCAAGUGUUCAAAACAUUCCAGAGGCUUCCAGUAGUGCUGUAGAGAUGGCCACAGAGCCUGUGAGGGUACAGGGGAGUUCUUCUGACACUAACUGGAGAGAAAGACCAAAACCUUCUCUAAAUAGUGAAUCUAGCCACAGGAAUGAUUAUAAUAAACAUAGAGAAAAUUAUAGGUAUAAUGAAGCUAAAAAUCGUAAUCGGGAGGGAUAUAGAGAUCGUGAUAACAGAGAUGAACGUGAAACUAACAGAGCUCGAGAUCGUGAUAGUAACAAUGAUGGUGAAAGAGAUGGCAACAGAGACCGCCAUCAAGACUACAACAGCCGUUAUGAUUCAAAUCAUGAGUCUAAUGGGCGUAAUGAUAGAAACCAAUCAAAAUCAAACUUUAAAUCAAAGAGAAAAGAGGAGACUGAUGCCGGCAGAACAUUCUACAAUAGCAGGAUUCCAGGCGGGCCAGAGGAACGAGUCAGGAAUGGUAAGGAGGGGUCAGGGAGGGGCCGGAACUGGCCUGGCAGUCAGAGGAUUAGAGCUUCCGAACGCAAUUACUCGGAAGAUGAACAAUAUGCAAGCAAUUAUUUGCAAUAUAGAGAUGAAAGACCAGAAAAGAAUAGAGAUGAUAGACCAGAAAGAUAUAGAGAUGGUAGACCAGAGAGAUAUAGAGAUGAAAGAUCAGAGAGAUACAGGGAUGAUAGAACAGAAAAAGCUGAGAAGAUGGAGGGUGCACAGAGUCCUGCAUUUCAGAGGAACAAAAAUGGUGAUCAAGACAAGAAACGUGGUCAAGCACACACAGAGAUGACCCAGCGGGAGAGGCUCAGUGACCAACUGGACAAGGGUACACUUGAAUGCCUAGUGUGUUGCGAACGUGUGAAGCAGGUGGACUCAGUGUGGUCGUGCACCAACUGUUACCACGUGCUGCAUCUGCGAUGCAUAAGGAAAUGGGCCAUGAGUAGUAUGGUUGAUGGCAAAUGGCGUUGCCCAGCGUGUCAGAACACGAGCGAGUCCAUACCGACGGAAUACCGCUGCAUGUGCGGCGCGAUCCGGUCCCCGGAGUACGUGCGCGGCGCCGGCGGCGCGCACACGUGCGGCAACACGUGCAAGCGGCCCCGGACUUGUCCGCAUCCGUGCACUCUGCUGUGCCAUCCGGGGCCGUGCCCGCCCUGCCAGGCCACGGUCAUUAAGCAAUGCGGCUGCGGUGCCGAAACAAGAUCAGUCCUGUGCAGCAGUAAGCUGGCCCAGGUGUGCGGCAGACUGUGUCGGAAACAGCUGUCGUGCUCCGCGCACACCUGCGACCAAAACUGCCACGAGGGCGACUGCGGCCAGUGUCGGGAGACUGUUACCCAGGUGUGCCACUGCCCGGGCGCGCGGUCGCGCGUGGUGGCGUGCGCGACGGAGGCGCGCGCGCGCGCGUACUCGUGCGGCGCCGCGUGCGGCCGCGUGCUGGCGUGCGGCGCGCACGUGUGCGCCCAGCCUUGCCAUCCGCCGCCCUGUGAGCCGUGCAAGCUGCUGCCGGAGUACAUCGCCACGUGUCCGUGCGGGAAACGCAAGUUGGAGAAAGACAAGCGCAAAUUGUGUACGGACCCGAUCCCUCUCUGCGGUAACAUCUGCGCCAAGCCGCUGCAAUGUGGGCCCGCUGGGGAUAAACACUUCUGCAAGAUUGACUGCCAUGAAGGUCCAUGUCCAACUUGCCCGGACAAGACUCUGCUGCAGUGCCGUUGUGGGCACUCGAGCCGCGAGGUGCCGUGCGCUGAUCUACCGGAAAUGUACAACAACGUGCUGUGCCAGAGGAAAUGUAACAAAAAAUUAUCUUGCGGCCGCCACCGCUGCCGCGCUACAUGUUGCGCAGCGACAACGCACCGGUGCGCCUUGGUCUGCGGCCGGUCAUUGACCUGCCAAUUGCACCGCUGCGAGAACUUCUGUCAUUCCGGACACUGCGCGCCCUGCCCCAACCUCAGUUGGGACGAGCUGCGGUGCUCGUGCGGCAAGGAAGUGGUGCUGCCGCCGGUGCGCUGCGGCGCGCGACCGCCGGCGUGCGCGGCGCCGUGUGCGCGCGCGCGCGCGUGCGGGCACGCGGUGCUGCACGCGUGCCACGCCGGCGGGUGUCCGCCCUGCGUCGUGCUCACCACCAAGAGGUGUCACGGCGGCCACGAGGAAAGGAAGACAAUUCCGUGUUCCCAAGAAGAGUUCUCGUGCGGUCUCCCGUGCGGCAAGCCGCUGGCCUGCGGCAAGCACACGUGCAUCAAGACUUGUCACAAGGGGCCGUGUGAUACCAGCAAAUGCGUGCAGCCGUGCACGGAGAAGCGUCCGAGCUGCGGGCACGCGUGCGCGGCGGCGUGUCACGCGGGCGAGGUCGCGGGCGCCGGCGGACCGUGUCCCAGCACGGCGCCGUGUCGCCGCCUCGUUCGCGCCAGCUGCGCCUGCGGCCGCCGCGGCGCCGACCGCUCCUGCCACGACAACGCUAGAGACCUCGCCAAAAUAAUGAGCGCGAUGGCCGCUACGAAGAUUCAAGAGGGCGGCACCGUUGAUUUGUCCGACGUGCAGCGUCCAGGGAACAUGUUGAAAACUUUGGAGUGCGACGACGCGUGCCGCAUGGAGGCGCGCGCGCGGCAGCUGGCGCUGGCGCUGCAGAUCCGCAACCCGGACGUGUCGGCCAAGCUGGCGCCGCGCUACUCCGACACGCUGCGCAGCGUCGCGCAGCGGGAGCCCGCCUUCGCCGCGCAGGUGCACGACCAGCUCACGCAGCUGGUGCACAAGGCCAAGAAGUCGAAACAAAAGACGCGUUCACACUCGUUUCCAUCAAUGAACUGGCAGAAGCGACAGUUCAUACACGAGAUGUGCGAACACUUCGGCUGCGAGAGUGUGGCGUACGACGCUGAGCCCAAUAGGAACGUUGUCGCUACAGCGGACAGAGAAAAGUCGUGGCUGCCCGCCAUGAGCGUGCUGGAGGUGGUGUCGCGUGAGGCGGGCAAGCGGCGGGUGCCCGGGCCCGUGCUGCGGGCGUCUGCGCAACACAAAUCAACGACCCCCAGCAGUGGUGCUAGUGGUAGUGGCUGGGCCACCCUCACAUCCACCAACGCUUGGGCAGCGCGCAGCAACGCGCGGCCGCAGCCGCAGCCGCAGCCGCAGCCGCAGCCGCAGCCGCAGCCGGCCGCACAACAACCCGCCGCGGACAAGAUAGAUUAUUUCGACAACCCGCCGGAGAAUUGAUUGGUUCCAUGUGGCUGAGGGGGAGGGGGGGUGAAGGGGACGUGGAUUUAAGUGGGAUGAAAUUCAAAGAAAAUAUUGCUAAAUUCGAAAAUACUGUCUUACUAUAGAUUUUGAAUGAUGUCUAAUGUGAAUGCGUUGUCCAUCCAUUUUCAGAUUUAAUGACAGUUUCUAAUUGUCAUAGUGUUUUCAUUCUGGGCGGAUUAUAUAUUUUAGUGUUUAACUUUGGACAUGAUUCAUUUUUUUUUGUAGUAAGACCGAGCGAUUAACCGGUUAGUUAAUAAAUUAAAAGUUUUAAAACGUGGGUUUUUGAACAAUAAAGUUUUUGGGUUAUUGCGUCACUGCCGUAGAUGAAAAUAAUUCGUCCACUUUUUGGGAAAAUUCUCAACUUGUCGGACACAAACAACUAAUUGAAGGGCAGUGCCGUGCCUUCUUCAUGUCGAGUCGGAAUGGCUAUUGAAACUGUAUUGGAAUAGUAUGUGGCACGCUGAUCGCUAUGAAUAAUAAAGUAAUACACGUGUUGUUAUAUCGUGCUAAUGGUUAAAAGUUGUCGUCUAUUUAAUGUGUAUAAUGAUAAUGGCCUUUACCCCCUCAGCCACGAGUUAUACUGUGAGGAAUAGGUUACAAAUUCUUUGCUAAAAAUAUUAACUGUUUUAAAACCGCACAAAAAGAGUUAACAAAUAAACAACAAAUUGAUAGCGAGACUUGGUUUUAAUCAUUUCAACUGUAAACAGAGAAUACUUUAGCCCGAAAUGGGUGAAUGAGAUCAGAUCGUACGCGGCCCAAUCGGUUUGCGAUCCUAUUGUUAUUCAAUUGUCUUUAUUAUCUCUUGGCUCGAAGGUUUAAAACAAUAUUAUAGGCUGGACCUUGUCAAAGGCGAUACAUAAUAGGAGACAAAAUGUAAGCGAUCUGUCCCGUUUCUUUUCUUAUAUUUCUAAUACUCUUCUCUUUCUUGCAUAGGAGAAAUAAAGACGUCUGGAGUUUUCUCUGUCUUGAAUUGAAUAUGACCUGGUGAAGAAAUUCUUGAAUUGUAGAAUUUCAUAUCAGAUUUUCAUGAAAAUAAAAACACUCAAUUAUAAUGUUUUAGAAGAAAGCGACUGUGUUCAUUAUUUAUAGACCUUUUAUUUAAGAAGACACCCAUAAAAACAUUUUUGUUUUUUCGCCAGAGUCGUAUGUUUACGAUCGACAACUGAAAGUUUAGCUAUCAAAGGGUUAAAAAAAUUCACUGUUUUUGAGAAUAACUUGGUGGUCUCCAAAAUAUAAUACGGCGGCGUUUGUCUAAUAUAAAGAUUAUUAUAAUAGUGUAAUUUUUUAUAAAUGUAUGUUCAUUUCUUAUACACGAAAUCACAUAGUAGGUACUCAUAUAGUUCGUUUCAUGUAGCGGGAUAUAUUUUGUAUACAUUUUUUUGUAACAAUUCGCACUGAUUUUCAUACCAUAGUUAACGGAACGAGUGUGGAACGUAGCUGAUUUUAUAGAAAAAUAUAAAAGGUAUUGCAUUGCCAAGUAGGGGACUCAGAAAUGUCUUAUAAAAAAAUGGUUAAAAUCAAAGAACAAGAUAAUUCAGAUGUGCUUAAGUUAAGCCUGUUUUCAUCACUUUUCUUUAUAGUCACAUGUAAUUAAUAUUUAAAACUUUGGGUCGCAUUUUGAUUUAAUUACUAGUAAAUUACUGUUUGAACCAAGAUAUAUAUAGCAUGUCUAUAUUUAGAGUAAAAAAAUGAUAGAGCUGUGUCAAUAGCAACACUGGCUGUUUUUCGACCAAUCACAACCAUUUAAUUUGGUAUUGCAAUAAUAAUAAAAACUAUCUUUAUAGACAUGCUGUAUGUUGUAUUUUACAUCAUUUAGUGCAUGAAAAUUAAUUAUAGUAGAAAUCUUCUAUGUAAGAAAGUCGGAUGAGUCAGACAGAUGAGUUACUUCUCUUAUAUUUUGCUUUUGAGAUAUUUAGAUACAUGAUGACCCUUCUCUGUUAGUAUUCUACUUAAAUAUGAAACUUUAUAACGACAGAUAUUAAUAAAUGUAUGUAAAAAGAUGUUGUAUUCAGAAUAAUCUUCAGAAAAUCAACACAUAUAAUAAAUAUAAAUUUAAGAAAGUGCACCAUAUUUGUCAAAUACAGCAGCCUGUUUGCAUAUCGUAUGAGACUCACUUAGAAUGGGAUUAUAACGGAAUUACACGGAAAAUUGUUUAUUCAAAAGUCAACUAUGAAUCAAAAAUUACGAUAUUUUUUUUCAUUCACUGCUGUAUUUUUUAUAUAUUUUUUUGUUUUGGUUGUAACUGUAUAAGGAUUUUUACAGGACGAUUUCGGUGAGAUAUCUUUUUAGGUAUAACUUUUUAUAUGAAAUGUAAGACUUAAUUAUGUAUGUAUAAAGACUUACCUAUGAUUGUUUUUUAGGGUGUGCGCAAUUUCGUGGAAUACCUAGGUGAACCACGGGUUAAAGCGAAAUAUCUUGAAAAUUUGUAAUUUAUGAAUUAUAUUUACAACCCUGCGUAUAAGUCGGGAUGAAUAAUAACGGUAAUAUCUUUAUGUAGUGUUAAAACAGAUGUGAAAUUAAAUUUUGGUUGGAAAUAUCUAAAUAAUAAAUUACCCAGUGGAAAGUCUUAAAAAAUAAUAAAAACAAAAUGUCUGAAAUUGUCCUGUUUGCUCCGGUCUUACCAUUAAUGAAUGCUAUGAAAUAAAUAUGGGGUGUACUGUAUACUUAUAGUAAUCAUACACGAAUUUACCGAAGGUGUAGGGAUGAACUCUUAUGAACAUUAUCGAUGUAAUUUGGUGUAGACGAUGAAUAUAGUAACGAAUUCGCUGUUGUACAGGCGACAUGCUAAUAAAAUGUUACAUAUUUGUUAA